AUGAUAGCAGCACUAUCAAGACUAGUGAGACAGGAUUAUGGCUUAGAUGGAGAAGCGCUCCGCACCAUCUACAAGAGGUGUGUGGAGCGAAUCAUCUGCUAUGCCUGUGGAGUUUGGUGGAAGGAUACCGCCAAUGUCAAAAUGAGUAGGACACUGCUCACGAUCCAAAUGCUCGCUGCCCUGCAGAUCACGAGAGCUUAUAGAAUUGUGUCUACGGAUGCGGCCCUGGUCUUGGCCGGGCUGCUCCCACUGCCCUUGGUAGUCAGCCAAGAAGCGGCCUUCUACAGAACCACAGUAGAAGGAUUAGAGGCAAUGCACUGUAAUCGGAAGUACCCAGCCAGACUUAGGCAGAGAGUAGAUGUUUUCAAAGUCCAUCCGGCCCAACGGAUUGGACUUGGCUGGGAAGUCGGUGAACUGACUGGUAUGGGUGUUGAAAUAUACAUAGAUGGCUCAAAAGAUGGCAGCUUAGUAGGUGCAGCAUUCUGUGUUUUCUGUAACGGAGUGCAAGUGUACGAACAGUCUGUCAGACUGAAUGAGGAGGCGUCCGUGUUUCUGGCAGAACUGGUGGCCUUGGGGGGAUGUCCCAGUGGAUCCUAUUACAUCCGGGUCCAGAGCCGGUCACGGUUUACUCUGAUAGCCAGUCGUCGCUACAGGCUUUGA